GCCUCAUUCAUCCACACAGUCUCAGUUGUAGUUUCAUAAUAAUACACACCUGACUGCAGCUACAGGUCCAAUAACACAACCUCACAAGUAGACGUAAUCCCGGCAAGCAGCAGGCUGCUAGUGUAGCGGUAAACGGGGCCUUUACCGGGUGGACGAGGCACGCCGCGGCCCAAAGCUGUCACAGUAACUCAGCGCCACAACAGAACCAAAGCAGGACCAGGAUAUCUGAGCUGACCCUAUGCUAGACAACAAGGACGCCUCUGCGAUUAAAAUUUGGGACUUGGCACGAGUUUGUGUCUCACUAUCACAGCAGCGUGCCGCUUUCAAAUUGUGGUGAGAGGUUCCUCCGUUGCAAACUUUAGAAGUGUUUUGAAAAAGAUACGGCACAAUGGAUAAGGAUGCUCUGCUGGACUACGAGUACCCAGACUACGACCCUGUUCCCAAGAUUAACAGAGAAAUCAUUCCUCCAUGUGAGCCCACUGCAGAUGACAGACUCUACCACAUAUGCAUCAGUGCAGUAUCACUUCUCGUCAUGGUGAUUCUCGCAGUUUUAGCCAGACGUACAGAAACCGGCACCAAACAGAGAAGACUCCUAGGCUUGCUCAGUCCAGUCAACUUCCUGGACCAUACCCAGCACAAGGGCCUGGCAGUGGCUGUGUUUGGAGUGCUUUUGUGCAAAUUCUUCACCAUGGUCAUAUCACCAAAACCUCUACCCUUCAUGACAGAGGCCGAGAACAAACAAAACUGGAUGAUCUUGGGAGUCUUCUUCUACCCCGCACUUUACUACCCUCUCCUGGCAUGUGGCACUCUUCAUAACAAAGUCGGCUAUGUACUCGGUAGUCUUUUAUCCUGGACGCACUUUGGUGUGUUGGUUUGGCAAAAAAUUGACUGCCCUACAACACCGCAGAUACACAAACACUACUUGCUGUUCUCCAGUUUGCCCCAGAUAGCUUGUUUGGCUUUCCUAAGUUUCCAGUAUCCUCUUCUCCUUUUCAAGGGCUUAAAAGGCACUGAAAAGAACAACGUUACUGAGGAUCUAAGCAGCUGUUACUACAGCGACUAUGUGAGGAAAUUGCUUAAAAAGAGGCACAUGAAAAUAAGCGUAUCAAGCACAGAGACCCCCAAGCUUCCUCAAAGAAUAAAGGAUGCUGUAAAAUCUUACAUUUAUACACCAGAGGAAGCUUUCAGGUUCCCUCUAAAGUUGGCCAUAUCUGGAGUGGUGUCAUUUAUCACACUUUAUCAGGUGGGCCUCCUGCUGAUCAUAGCCGUGGUGCCAACACUCCAGAUCGCCCGCAUGGGAGUCAAUGAAGACAUUGCCAAUGUUUUAGCCGGCUUCCGGAUCGUGCUCUCUCCUGACAAACAUGAAGUGGUCCGAAUAGUGGUCUAUUACAUGUGGUGUUUCGAGGUGUGCUACAUCUCAGCGAUGGCUCUGUCAAGCCUUGUCAACUUGGCAAUGUUCAUGAGGUCCAUGGUUCUUCAUCGGUCCAACCUAAAGGGGCUUUACAGAGGAGAUAUCUAUAAUGUUUAUAACUGCCAGAGGAGUAUUCGGGCUUCCCGGCCUGCUUUGGUCUGCUGGAUGGGAUACACCAGCUUCACGGCAGCUCACGUCUGCAUCGCCGUGAUGGUCCAAACCAUGGUGUUCUUCCUCUGUCUACUCAUCGUUGUCUUCCUCUGUAUCAUACCCAUCCUGCAUGGACAGAACCUCAUCCUCUUUCAUAUCCUUUUGAGCAUGUGGCCUUUCUGGUUGAUGAUUCUCCUGGCUGUGCUGAUUCAGCAUGUCACUUCCAGAUUUUGGUUCAUUAAAAAGAUAUCUGGCACACGAGACCUUGACAACAGGGGCAACCUCUUCCUGCUGACUUACCUGCUGUUUCCAGUGAAUGUUCUCAUCGGGGUGCUACUAGCUGUCUGGCGCUUGAUUGUCACAGCCUUGUUCAACAUUGUUCACAUGGGACGCAUGGACAUCAGCCUUCUGAACAGAAAUGUGGAGCCUUUUGAUCCGGCCUACCGCUGUUACGCUCAUUAUCUGAAGAUCGAGGUGUGCCAGUCCCACCCUGUGAUGAAGGCUUUCUGUGGGAUGCUGCUGCAGUCUGCAGACAGCAAGAACAAUGUCGUGCAGCGGUCACGGGACACUGAAGAAGGGAUCCAGUUGGUCCAGCAAGAGAAGAAACAAGUGAAGGUGUCAAGUGCCAAGCGAGCCAGGGGUCACUGGCAGCUCCUCUACACUCUGGUCAACAACCCCUCACUGGUGGGCACCAGGAAACACUUCCUGCAGCAGCGCGCGGCCACCGACAGCUUUGUGAACGGGAGCCUGAAGGGCAGCACCAAAGGAGGCGACAGCAAGGAGACUUGCAACUGAACAAUGAAUGAUGCAUUCCUUUUUGUCUUCCACCCCUUGGUUAGAUGCAUACUGUGCUGUACUUAGAGCUCAAUGCCUCUGCUUGAUCAUCUUGCUCCCAUUUUGCUUUGUUCUGAAGAUGUACUCCCCAUGAAGUGGUAGUGGUGGGGGGCACACAGUUUCCAGUCGGACGGACGCGCAGGUGGCGGCAUGCACCUAUAUCAUGAUGUGCAAUCCUCAAUACCAUUCUCCUCCAAUUCAUUAUAAAGAUAAUUCAUAUGUUGUCACGUCAGAUCAUGUAAGUAACUCAACGUGUUGAGCAGCAUUUUAACAGGGUAUUUUUCCACCAAUUGACUUUUUUAUACACUUAAAGAAAUCGUGUUUCAUAGGCUGGUUGUCAAUUUCCACAUAUUUCCUAUCGGAUUGCAAUUUUUUUUUCUAUGUGAUUACAAAUUACGUGGAGUUUAGAAUGAUCAGGCAAAUGACACAUUUUAUUUUUAUUAUGAAAAAAAUAUACUUACCUUUUCCUGUUGUUGCUGCAACAUAUACAUUUCCAAAAUGUCGAAUUUCCGUGAAAAUCCCUUGAAUGACCUUAUUAAAAUAAGAUAAAACAUGAAAA